GCUGGAGCUGUCGAGUUCUAUCUUUCUGGUUCCUUCGACCCCAAACUCGUCGGCAUGUACUAUACAAAAAUAAAAUUGGGAUCUCCUCCGGGAGAAUACAAUAUGCUGAUUGAUACUGGAAGUGAUAUAUCAUGGAUAUCGUGUAGCUCCUGCAGCAACUGUCCCCGAACAAGUGGACUCGGGGUUGAGAUGAACUUUUAUGACACGGACAAUUCAUCAACAUCGUCUGUCAUCUCAUGUUCAGCAUCCGUAUGCACUUCAGAUGAGUGCAGCGAAACAAAUCAAUGUGCUUACUCCUUGCAUUACGCAGAUAAUAGUGGCACAUCAGGCUAUUUUGUAUUAGAUUUGUUUUACUUUGACAAAAUUAUGAGGACCUCGUUGAUUUCCAAGUCUUCAACAUCCAUUAUUUUUGGGUGCAGUACCUCUCAAUUAGGAGACCUGAUCUUGACAGAUAAAGCAGUUGAUGGAAUUCUCGGAUUUGGUCAACAGAGACUAUCAAUAAUAUCUCAACUUUCUUCACAUGGAAUUUCUCCGAAAUCAUUUUCACACUGUUUAAAAGGAGAGGGAAGCGGUGGAGGGAUAUUAGUGCUCGGUGAGAUUUUGCAUCUGAGUAUGGUCUAUACUCCCCUUGUUCCAUCAAAGGGUCAUUACAAUGUGUAUUUGCAGAGCAUUUCUGUACAUGGAAGAAUUUUACCGAUUGAUCCCGAAGCUUUUGCAAACUCAGGUGAUCGAGGAACUAUAGUUGAUUCCGGUACAAGUUUAGUUUAUCUUGUCACGGAAGCUUAUGAAUCAGUUGUCAAUGCUAUAACUGUAGUUGUUUCACCUUCAGCUAAGCCAAUCAAAUCAGCAAUGUACCCAUGCUAUCUCAUUUCCUCAAGUUUCUCAGAGAACAUAGCCGAGGUGUUUCCUACAAUUUCUCUAAACUUCGCUGGUGAUGCAUCCAUGAAUUUAACACCAACAGACUAUCUCGAGGAUAUGGGUUUUGUUGAUGUUGCUGCUAAGUGGUGCAUUCACUUUAUAAGAAGGGAUUUAAGCCUAACAACUCUAGGAGAUGUUGCGCUUAAAGAUAGGAUCAUUGUAUAUGAUUUGGCUCGACAAAGAAUUGGUUGGGCAAAUUAUAAUUGUUCAUUACAUGUGAACGUAUCUAUAACCUCUGGCACAUAUGAUGUUACUCAGGCUAGCACCAUCUAUCAUAUGCUAGGGCUAAUUUUGUUCAUCCUUAACCUAUUUUGGAGCCAAUGAUUAAUUUCAUGUUUGUGUAGCUUUACUUUAGAUUUCUCUUGUAUUGUUGACU